AUAGAAGAGAUGGCUCUCUUCAGCGCCCAGCGUCCGUACAUAAGCCCAGUCAUCCCCUUUACUGGAAUAAUCCAAGGAGGGCUGCAGGAGGGACUUCAGAUCACCCUCCAGGGGACUGUCCAAGAUUUUCCAGAUAGGAUUGUCGUGAACUUUCAGACCGGCCAGGAUGAAAAUGACAUUCCCUUCCACUUCAAUCCCCGGUUUGAGGAAGGAGGGUAUGUGGUUUGCAACACGAGGAAGAAUGGGCAGUGGGGGCCCGAGGAGAGGAAGAUGCAGAUGCCCUUCCAAAAGGGGAUGCCCUUUGAGCUUUGUUUCCUAGUGCAGAGUUCAGAUUUCAAGGUGAUGGUAAACAACAAAGUCUUCACGAUGUACUCACACCGUGUACCCUACCACCUUGUGGACACCAUUGCUGUCUCCGGCAGCCUGAAGCUGACCUAUAUCACUUUCCAGAACUCUGCAGCCCCUGUCCAGCCUGUCUUCUCCACAGUACAAUUCUUUCAGCCAGUCAAGUUCCCACGGACCCCCAAGGGGCACAAACACCAAGCUCAGAACUUUCGGCCUGCCCACCAGCCACACGUGGCUCAAACUAUCAUCCAUACAAUUCACAGCGUCCCUGGACAGAUGUUCUCUACUCCUGGAUUCCCUCCUAAGGCAUGCCCCACCAAAGCCUAUACUAUACCUUACUUAACCACCAUCCCAAAUGGGCUUUACCCGUCCAAGUGCAUCAUCAUAUCAGGCAGGGUCUUGCCAGAUGCUCAGAGGUUCUCUAUCGACCUUUGCUCUGGGUGUAACAUCGCUUUCCACCUGAAUCCCCGCUUCGAUGAGGAGGCUGUGGUCCGAAACACUCGGAUCAACAGCUCCUGGGGGCCCGAAGAGCGAAGCCUGCCUGGGAGAAUGCCCUUCAGUCGUGGGCAGAGCUUCUCAAUGCAGAUCUUAUGUGAAUGCCACUGCUUCAAGGUGGCUGUGGAUGGUCAACACAUGUGUGAAUACGACCACCGCCUGAAGAACUUGUCAGCUAUCAACAGGCUAAGAGUGGAAGGUGAUAUCCAGCUGACCCACGUGCAGACAUAG